CGAUUAUUCGCACCGACUCUGUUUCUGUUGCAUUCGAUCUCCCGCGGGCCGUUGCCGCGAAGCUAGGUCUCUAGGAAGAGAUCGCCGGCGAUUCGCGAUGGUUCCGUGGCGCCGCUCCUCCUCCUCCUCUUCCGCCCCUUCCUCGCGGCCCGCGCGGCGUCCCGCCCGCACCAAUGCGAGGGUCUCCCCAGACGUCUCGUCGGAAUUGUCGCCGUUGGCGGGGGAGGAGGGGGCAGGCGAGGAGAGGUGGUCGGCGUUGGUGCCCGACCUUCUGGCAGAUAUCCUGCGGUGCGUGGAGGCCGGCUCAGAGAGGUGGCCGCCCCGGCGCGACGUGGUGGCCUGCGCCAGCGUCUGCCGCCGGUGGCGCGACGUCGCCGUCGCCGUCGUGCAGCCGCCGCUCGAGUCCGGGAAGAUCACGUUCCCCUCCUCAUUGAAGCAGCCUGGACCAAGGGACGCACCAAUGCAGUGUUUCAUCAAGAGGAACAAGAAAAACUCUACCUUUUUCCUAUAUCUUGGAUUAACACAAGAACUAACAGAUGAUGAGAAAUUUCUGUUGGCGGCUCGGAGGUGCAGGCGUGGGUUGCAUAAGGAAUAUGCCAUCACCAUUAACUCUGAUGGUCUCUUCCAUGGAAGCCAGUCAUGCGUUGGAAAUCUAAAGUCUAAUUUCACGGGAACAAAGUUCACCAUUCGUGAUUGGCAACCACCAUAUGAAGGUGCUAAGGCGUUCAGCAGCAGAUCCGGUCGCUGGUUUGGAAACAAACACAGAUGCCCACUGGUUUCCACGGGUGAUGUAGAAGUUGGAGAGGUAUCCUAUAAAUACAGUUUACUCAGACCAAGAGGUCCAAGAAGAAUGAGCUGCAGUGUUCAGUGUCCCGUCCUCAAGGGUACUGCAGUAGAUCCACAAGACGGAAAACGACUUAGCAAUAGCAUCCCUAGUUCAUUGGUUCUGAACAGUAAAGUACCAAGUUGGCAUGAGCAUCUUCAGUGCUGGUGCUUGAAUUUUCACGGCCGGGUUAUGGUUGCAUCUGUGAAGAACUUCCAGCUUAUUGCUCCAGUCGAACCAGGGGAGCCGUCGGAUAAGACAGUAGUACUGCAGUUUGGAAAAAUUGACGAUGACGUUUUUACAAUGGACUACCGGCAGCCUCUGUCGGCAUUCCAGGCAUUUGCUAUCUGCCUCUCCAACUUUGGCACAAAGCUUGCUUAACUUUGGCACAAAGCUUGCUUAACUUUGGCACAAAGCUUGCUUGUGAAUAGGUAGCUCCAUGCACUUAUUAUUGUUGUAGUAUGAUUUUAUUGUUUUCGUUACCAGUAACAGAAUUUAUUUAUAAUACUGGCUAGGAGGAUGUCUAAAAUGAGGCUAACAUCCUACAUUACAGUCUUUGUUGCCCAUUCUGACCAUUUUGUUCUCGUCUCUAGCCAUGUCGUCUAACAACUCCGACAAGAGAUAUAGCUUGUGCAUGGUUACGGGAGUUCAUCAGCACUUUGGAGCUAAUGCGGUCAAGAUCGUUGAUGUGCUGAAAAGAAUAGUUUGAGUAGUCCAGAGUGAAAAGAUGGGAUAAAGGGUUUUCAAAGUGAAACAGGCCGAAAGUGUAAUUCUAUAUGUGAGGUGUUGCCGUAUCAUGUCAUAAUGCAACGUUGUGCUUGUGUGUUUGGGAUCCUAUUAAAUCUGUAUAUGUAUCCAGGAUGAGGAAGACUUGUAAAUCUGCAGUCCUCAGUGUAGUCAUGUAUGACUGCAGAAUCUUUAGGUGCGAUAAGACUGUUACUAC